CAAUACUGUCACAAAGUGUUGGUCUAGUUGGGAACGAGAACUGAAUUUUUUCGCUUUCAGAAAUUGCUGUGUUUUCACAAAGUUCGGUCCGUAAAACUAAUAUAAAAACUAACUUUUGAUAAAAUAAGUGUUAUAUAUUGAGAAUUUAAUAAGUACAACCACACUUCACCAGUGAAUAAUCUUUAACGUGGAAUCGAUAAAUAAAUCCAAAAAUUAUAAUGAGUGCUCAACCUAGUCCCGCCUGCAUGACUCCAUCAACCGAACAGGAAAGGGUAUUUCAAUGGAUCAACGAAUUGGCCCAUCCCGAGAGCCGCGAAACCGCUUUACUCGAAUUGAGUAAGAAACGUGAAACAGUGACAGAUCUGGCGCCAAUGCUAUGGCAUAGCUUUGGCACUACUGCCGCCCUACUACAAGAGAUAAUUAACAUUUAUCCAUCGAUUAAUCCUGCCACACUCACUGCGCAUCAAUCAAAUCGUGUCUGCAGUGCGUUAUCGUUGCUGCAAUGCGUCGCAUCGCACCCGGAGACGCGUACAGUGUUCCUUCAGGCACAAAUACCAUUGUUCCUGUAUCCAUUUUUACAAACCACAUCUAAAACACGGCCAUUCGAAUACCUUAGGCUAACAAGUUUAGGCGUAAUUGGCGCACUAGUUAAGGCUGAUGAGCAAGAAGUGAUAACUUUCCUUUUAGCAACAGAAAUCAUUCCACUGUGUCUGCGAAUAAUGGAAACCGGCUCGGAACUGAGCAAAACUGUAGCCACAUUUAUCCUGCAAAAAAUAUUAUUGGACGAGAGCGGACUUUCGUAUAUUUGUCAAACGUAUGAGCGGUUUUCGCAUGUUGCUAUUAUUUUGGGCAAAAUGGUAAUACAACUUGCCAAGGAGCCCUCUGCACGUUUGCUGAAGCAUGUCGUACGUUGUUACUUGCGUCUUUCCGACAAUCCCAGAGCACGUGAGGCUUUGCGACAAUGUCUUCCAGAUCAGCUGCGUGAUGCGACAUUUUCGGUAUGUCUACAGGAUGACAAAUCCACGAAACACUGGCUACAUUUACUCAUUAAGAAUUUGGAGUUGGGUGCUGUUGCGCCAACAGAUCCACGUCAAAUCGGCAUGUCGCCUUUGACGUCGUAAACAGCAGCAAAAACGCGCCGUCUAUAGUACAUAUACAUAUGAAGUGCAGCUAAAAGUGCUGUUGUUGUAUGCUAAGAGUUAUACACGCAGCGCAGUCCAAACAACAACCCAGCCAAGUAUACAACAGAGACUUCAGACAGACACUCAGCCCCAACUAACUAGAUUAAAUUAAAAAUACGCAAAUACAAAUGAAAAUCUCUUUUUACUUAAAAAUGUAAUAAAUAACCAAUGGAAAGCAAAUCAAAUCAAAUUACACACAACACCACAAGGGACUACUUAAAUACUUAAACAUAAACAACAAAAAAACAAUUUAAAGUCGUGAUAGUAAUUGCAAAAAUAGGAAUGCAUUAUUAAAUAAAUAAUAACUAAGAAUUAUGGUAAUAAGGAUAAAAUAUAUAACAAAGGAGACUGUUUAUAUGAUAAAAACAUAAAGCAAAAAUAUGAAAAGAAAUCCCAAAUCCCAAAAAAAAAAAGAGAAAAACUAAAUAAAUUACUGAUGAAAAAUAUAAGAACAUUUAUGUAGAAAAAGAGUGAAUAUUAAUUAAAUUAUGUAAUUAAGAAUGGCGGUACCUAAAAUAAAUUGGAAAUAAUAAGAAAUAAGUACACUUAUACACAUAUUACAUAUGGGUAACACAUUUACCCUUGCAAUUUUGCUGUAAGAAAAAGCUGAUUUCAUUGCUUACUGCAACGUGUAACCAAGGUGAAUGCACUUUGUUAGAUUAGAUAAGAAAGUCAAAUGAAUUGAUUUUCCGUGCGGCUGUUCAGCUUUCCUCAGACGUUUGAAAAACAUAUAGAUACAGGUACAGAUAUUGAACGAAUAUUAUAUUAUAUGUAGAUUUUUUUUGGCAAACUUAGCUUAAAUUAAUGGAAAGUGCAGAAAAAUAGUAUUUUAAUUAAAAUUUGUGAACAUAAACUAAAUACGUUUUUUUACAUAUAAAUUGUUGUAUUGACUAUAUAUUGUUGUAUUGAUUACAGCAGAAAACGAAAUAGUUCUUUAAAUUCUACAUACUUAGGCAACGAUUAUGAAAUGGAGUAUUAAUAUUUCAAUUAAAUGGGCAGAAACUCUGUGUAAUAUGAAUGUUAUGAAAUGAGCGAAGUGAAAAGUGAAGCAUUAAUAUAAUAAGUUCGCCAGAAAAUAUUCAUUAAUUUCGCAUUAAAGUACGAAGCACGCAUUUCCCCUGAAUGCCUUAAAAGCAUUUGCUAACAAAUCACAAGGAACGUUUUGGUUUUUUUUAAUUGCUAUUUCUAAGCUAUUAAAUAACAGCUACAGCCUACAGUCUAUAUACAUAAGUCACUAUACAAAAAAUUUGUUAUUGAAUUGAGAAAAUCGCUCGUGCUCAUGCUCGUAUAAUUCUUUUUGUUUUAUUGCAACCGGGUUGAUGAACGCGUCACCGCACACUAUCAGCGUUAUAUAAUUGGAAAGCUAUGUUUUUAUUUUACUAACUAAGUCCACAUUUACAGUAACUUAUAGCAGAUACGAGACACAUUCAUUUACAUACUUACUGCAUUGUAUUCUACAUUUGUUUUUCGUAGUAGCCUACGUCACUUAAGCGCAUCCAUUGCCGGGACAGGGACAGGGACUAUUGGCUAUGAAUUGAUGAUAUCUUUUGUGUAUAAAAGUCUAGCAUUAAGUAACUUAUUUUUCGUUUUUUAAAUUGAAUGAAGCCAACAUUAGCCGCUAUUUGUAUGAAGAAAACUAGUUGAUUUAAAUUACAAGCAAUAAUUGAAUUACAAAAAUUGUACAAAAACAUAGUUUUAGUUCAAAAUGAUUGCCAAAAAUAAAACUUAGCUGUAAAUGCAAAUGGAAAAAAUU